AUGGAGGUGAUUUCUAUCGGUAUACUUGCGUUGCAGGGUGCCUUUGCUGAGCAUGAGGCCUCACUGAAUAGGCUCGAUUUGAACAACAGGAAGCUCAACGUUGUUUUUGUACGCACUCCAGAUGAUCUCUCACGGUGCGAUGCUCUGAUAAUACCUGGAGGAGAAUCCACUACGAUCGCGUUACUGGCACGACUAGCUGGAUUGUCAGAACCUCUAAAGGAGUUUACCAGAACUAAGCCAGUAUGGGGAACCUGCGCCGGAGCUAUAUUGCUUUCACAAUCUGUGGUUGGAGCGAAAAAAGGAGGGCAAGAACUCCUUGGUGGAAUGUCGAUAAAAAUCGCGCGGAACGGAUGGGGUUCCCAGGUAGAGUCUUUCGAAGUUCCCUUGGAGCUAAACGGUAUCAAAGAAUCCACACGACCAUUUCAAGCCUUCUUUAUACGCGCUCCAGUAGUCCUCGAGCUCUCGUCUCUCCACGAUGAAUCACCAAUCACAGUCGUGGCCCGCAUUCCUCUCAACCUGCUUCCACCUUCUCUGAUCGAAGAAAACAUGACAGAAGAUGAUCCCCGGACCGUUGUCGCGCUCCGUCAAGGUCGCCAUCUGCUCACCACCUUCCAUCCGGAAUUGACUGAAGAUGACCGAUUCCACGAAUACUUCGUCCAAAGUUGUGUGCUUACACAAUAA